AUGUCUCACGAGGAGGACCUCAUUGACUACUCCGACGAGGAGCUUCAGACCACUGACGCAGCAGCCACCACCGCUGCCCCCGCUGCGAAUGGGGCCCAGGAUAAGAAGGGCGACUUGACAGUCUCUGGCGGCCGUCCCGAUAAGAAGGGAAGUUAUGUCGGUAUCCACUCGACCGGUUUCCGCGACUUUCUGCUCAAGGGAGAACUUCUACGUGCCAUCACCGAUUGCGGUUUCGAACAUCCAUCGGAGGUCCAGCAAGUUUGUAUCCCCACCGCCAUUCUGAACGUUGAUGUUCUCUGUCAGGCCAAGUCUGGUCUUGGAAAGACUGCUGUUUUCGUCCUGACCACUCUUCAUCAACUCGAGCCCGUACCUGGAGAAUGCUCGGUCCUCGUCAUGUGCCACACUCGCGAGUUGGCUUACCAGAUUAAGAACGAAUACGCCAGAUUCAGCAAAUAUCUGCCUGACGUCAAGACCGCUGUUUUCUACGGUGGUACCCCGAUCCAGAAGGAUGUCGAAGUCUUGUCGAACAAAGAGUCAUACCCCAACAUCGUCGUCGGCACGCCCGGUCGUCUCAACGCGUUGGUUCGUGACAAGAAGCUCUCUCUCCGCAACGUCAAGGCAUUCGUGCUGGAUGAGUGUGAUAAGAUGCUUGAUCAGAUUGACAUGCGCCGUGAUGUCCAGGAGAUUUUCCGCGCCACCCCCGCUGAUAAGCAGGUUAUGAUGUUCAGCGCCACUUUGUCGCAGGAGAUCCGUCCUAUUUGCAAGAAGUUCAUGAGGAAUCCUCUGGAAGUCUACGUCGAUGACGACACCAAGCUUACGCUUCACGGCCUGCAACAAUACUACAUCAAGCUCAGCGAAUCGGAGAAGAACCGCAAACUGAAUGAGCUCUUGGAUAGUCUUGAGUUCAACCAGGUCAUCAUCUUCGUCAAGAGCACACUCCGUGCGAAUGAGCUGGACAAGCUGUUGCGCGAGUGCAAUUUCCCUAGCAUUGCGGUGCACUCUGGUGUCAGCCAAGAGGAGCGUAUCAAACGGUACAAAGAGUUCAAGGAAUUCAACAAGCGUAUUUGCGUUGCCACUGACGUUUUCGGCCGUGGUAUUGAUAUCGAGCGUAUCAACCUUGCUAUCAACUACGAUUUGCCGGCGGAUGCCGAUUCGUAUCUGCACCGUGUUGGUCGUGCUGGUCGUUUUGGUACCAAGGGUCUUUCCAUCUCCUUUGUCAGCAACGAGGAUGAUGAGAAGGUUCUUAAGGAGAUUGAGAAGCGAUUCGAAGUUGCCCUUCCUGAAUACCCUGAAGGCGGUGUUGACUCCAGCACUUACAUGGCAUGA